AUGCAGCACUUACUUACUCUCCUUACCAGCGCAAGCUUGGCUCUUGCUGGGGUCCUCAAUGCGCCCUCUCGCAUCGUCAAGAGAGAUAGCUGGGGUGGUAGUGUCUCGCUCGGUCCAUCCAAGUCGACCAUCGUCAACGCAGUUACUACCCUCAUUCCUGGUACAGCACCCUCGACUCAGAAUGGAGAGCUGUUCCUAUGGCCGGGCAUGUCCAACGGUACUGGCGAUCUGAUUCAGACUACCCUUGAAAGCUGGCCCGACAACUCAUGGUGUGGUGCAACCACUGGGCAGUGGUGUGUGCGUGCCAGUGUCUUCGGAGCCUUUGGGCAGCUAGACGGCGACGCCAGUCCCGUCAGUGGAUCUGACAAAGUUCGAAUUGAGUAUAAUCUCGAAAACGACGACACCACCUGGGCGCAAACCGUCACCAAUGCGGCUACUGGAGCUGUUCUGUCUUCCUACUCCAUCGAUGCUGGUCCAUACAUGACUGGCUACGGCACAGGAACCGAGUGCGACGAUAGCUGUACGGGUACCAUCGCUGCCCAGCAGUACCUCAACACUGUUAUCACGCUCGCAUCUGCUGAUACUACCUUCGGAGAUACCAUUGCUACAGCUUCUGGUGCCACAUACACUGGAUUGAGCUCAAGCCAAGGUGGCAAAGUGUGGACCAUUUCAACCAUCAACGUCCCUGCGAUGUAG